UAUUUUUGUUGACAAAAGUUUUUGAAAGCGAUUUAAAAGGCAUUUAAUUGUGUCUAAAAUGAGCACAAAAUCAAAUGCAAACCAAUUGUUCACUAAAUGGUUGACUGAAUGGCGAAACAGCGCUAAAGACGUCGGAUCUAAGAUGGAGUUCGUCUACAAUAAGGCUUUGCGGUCACUUCGGGAACACCCGAACCCUUUGGCCACCGGACAGGAGUGCCGACAGUUGAAGGGUUUCGGCGAAAAGAUAUGCCAAAGAAUUGACCAGAAAUUGGCUCAAAUGAAUGGCACGAAUCAGAUCUCGACCGAAACCAACAAUGAAGUCACUGUUCGUCGAGAAGAGCGACAAAUCACUGAUUUAUUACCGCAGAAGAAGAAGAGACAACUGAAGAAUACGCCCAACAAAACGUCGAGUCCAUUGAAAAAAGUGGCCAAAACUAAGCGAAACACUAAUUAUAUCCCGAGUGAGGGUUCGGGCGCUUAUGGGAUACUAAUGGCUCUAAUCAGGUCUGAGUUAGAGGACAGCGUCGACUCUUUGGGCAAAUCAGAGCUCCAGAACUUGGCUCAAGAAUUCACGUGUUGUAGCUACUGUAGCCCUUACUUACCGUCGGUAAUAUCGCCUACCGUACUUUCGGGAAGGGAUUUGGCGCUCAAGUUAUACCAAAUGGUCAAAGAAAACAAUCAAAGCGCCGAAUCUGAUGAACAAGUCUUAGAUGUGAUUUGCGAUGAAAGUGAUGACCAAAGCCCUGAUUCCGAGUCUAUAUUUCCGGAAAGUCUGGUUCCGAACCCUUUUGUGAGAAGUAAUUCUCAAACUACUGUUGAAAGUCGAUCGCAUGCUUCGACUCAAAGCAGUUCAUCGACUAAUCGAGUGAAUGAUGGGUUUGUUUUGGAGGCGAAUACUUAUGAUAUAGUGCUAUGCGUUGACACUCGGGAACAGACAAGUGGUGUGAACAGAGAUAUGAGAAAAACUGCUUUAAUGGCUGUUUUGCAACAAAACGGCGUUAGAGUCGAAAUGAGGACUUUAAGUGUCGGCGACUUUGCGUGGAUUGCGAAACAAAGAGUAGAUUUGGGGCCAAAUAUCGCGACCAUUAAUAGCCGUUCGCGAAGAGAAUUGAUUAUGGAUUACGUGAUUGAAAGGAAACGGAUCGACGACUUGGCCAGUAGUCUAAAGGACAGGCGUUGGGACGAACAGAAGUACCGACUCAUCAAUAGUGGCGUUCGGAAGCCUUCGUAUGUUAUCGAGUAUUUCGGGUCUCAAACCAAGAGAGGAGACUUCGGAGGCAUUAAAUACGAGACAUUAGAUCAGGCGAUCACUAACGCAGAAGUGGACGGCUUUGCGGUGAAACGAUGCGAUAGCUAUGACGACACGAUUCGCUAUUUAACAUUAAUGACACGAUAUCUUGAGUCCAGUUUUAAAGACAAAUCUCUGUAUUCGUGUUCCAGAGAAGAGAUGAUCAACAAAGAGGUGUCGAACGACCACUUCAUGAGUUACAAUGAAUUCGAUCGAAACGCCAACAAAAUCACUAACUUUACGGUCAAUGAAAUGUUUUUGAAACAUUUGCUCCAAAUUAAAGCCAUUUCUGUGAUUAAAGCCAAAGUGAUUGUAGAGAACUAUCCGACCCUUCAGAGCCUUUUGGACGCCUUCUCUAUCCCGGAGACACUCAAAGAGAAACAAAACCUCUUGUCUUCCCUUAAGAGCGGUUUAAUGGACAGGAAUUUUGGCCCAAAUUUAAGCAAAAAGAUUUAUAAUCAUUACUGCAACCAAUCUGAUUUGUCGCUCUUCUCGACGAACAGUGACUUCAUUGUUGGUUUCGGUCGAGAUCUGAUUCGUGCCAUUCAUUUGAGCCAAUUUCUGGUCAAUUCUUUGGCAUAUCUUUUCGCCGAAACCCUUCAACUGUCGGCACUCCUGUCCGGUGGCCAAAGGGUUCGGGACGAGCGCUCGGAUGAAGAGUAUUAUAACGCUUACAAUGAAUAUUAUAAUAGCGUUGAGAGAAAACGGGAACGAAAUGAGAUGAACACGAUUUUGGUUGAGCCGGAAAUCACUUUAUGGCAAGUGAUGCUACCGUUUCUAAUCUCAUCAUGGAUCAUUAUUGCCAUCAUUUUGGUCUGCAUUUGUGUUCAUCCAUUGGAGAGUCUCGAGUGUCAGGGCUAUCAUCUUCAUCCAUUGGAGAGUCUCGAGUGUCAGGGCUAUCAUCGUAUGAACGCUCGGUUGGAAAAGUUAGAAAAGCCCGGACUUUAUAUAACACCCGAAGGAAAUCAUGAAUAUUAUACGCCCGACGCCGACGAGGAGGCGGUUUCGAGGAAUAUCGCGGACCGAUUGGGGGCCGACCAGACA